UUCUCGUGUGUCCGCCAUCCUUGUGGCUUUUUGCAGAAGGGCACGAAGAGGCCGAAACAAGGGUGCCCGCUGUAGCAACAACUCCUUCAAACAUGCUGUCCAGGCUCGUCAUUAUUUCAGCCAGUGCCCUGAAAGGCAGUGGCCCCCUUGGCGCUGGCCUUGUCCAGGCGUCUCGCUCUCUGCACACAUCGUCCCAGAGCCUGGCCCCAGUGCCCCCUCUGCCAGAGAAGGGAGGCAAAGUCCGUCAUGGUAUCUUCCCAGAGGAGAUUUUCCAGCUCCUGUACCCCAAAACUGGAGUUACAGGACCCUACAUGCUGGGUACUGGCCUACUUGUCUACAUGCUUUCCAAGGAAAUCUAUGUCAUCAACCACGAGACCUUAGCUGCUGCCUCCAUAGGUGCUGUCAUCAUCUAUGGUGUCAAGAAAUUCGGUCCAAGUGUUGCAGCUUUUGCUGACAAACUGAAUGAGGACAAGGUGGCGAAGGCUCAGGAGGUGAAGGACGUGGCCAUGGCCAGCCUGACUCAGGCUAUUGAGGACGAGAAGAAGGAGCAGUGGAGAGCAGAGGGAAGAUCAAUUCUCUUCGAUGCUAAGAGAAACAAUGUGGCCAUGCUGUUGGAGACCAACCACAGAGAGAGACUACACAUGGUGACCAAUGAGGUGAAGAGACGCUUGGACUACCAGGUGGCCCUGCAGGACCUCCACCGCCGGAUGGCUCAGGAGCACAUGAUUAACUGGGUGGAGAAGAGCGUCAUUGGCAGCAUCACUCCUCAGCAGGAGAAGGAGAGCAUCGCCAAGUGCAUCACAGACCUGAAGGCUCUGGCCAAGAACACUCAGGCCAAAGCUACCGCUUAAACUGUCGAGUCUUCAGAGAAGGCUCCUCUCAACCCCAACUCAUUGUCCCAAGACGAGACGCUGACUUUUCUUUACAGAAUAAACUAUUUCCUCUUUAAAGAUCGUCUCUGUCAAUAUUAUGAGUGUGUACAGUAUUUACACGUCAGCUGAUGGUAAAAUAAAUGGUUCUCUUAUUCAA